CUAGUACGAGCUGAUCGAUUUUUAGACGCUGUAUAGUAGACGGUCGUGACGUAGUUACGGUUAUAGUAGUAGCAGGACGUGUUACAUUUACGUUUACGUUAGUAGUCUUCCUGCUGAAACUGCUCUGGAUAGAAGGGUCUUUUUGCCGCAAGGGCAGUGCUUCUGCUGCUGGGCCUGGGAGCUGAUACAGCAUCCUUUUCAUUGCUCUUGGUCUUCGCUGCGAUUCCGAAGAGGACCUUGUGGACUUAUCUUGCUGAGAUUCCGAAAAUGAGCUUUUCUCCCAUGACGCGCAACGACUACAGGAAUACAGAUGAGUCGGGUUGUGGUGGAGGAUGUUGGGCGUACCGUUCUAGGGGCGUUUGACGAUUGGAUGAGCGCGAAACGGUCUAUUUCCAGUGCAGGUUGUGCAACAGGGAAUGUCGCACGUCCUGGACAGCUUGAUUCUCAAGUAGCGGAUGGGAAUCACAAUAUCGAUACCAAGGGCUGGCAGAAAUUGGUUAACUUAUGGUUACUACGUCCACCUGACUCAACCAAUAGAUAGUGGCAUACUUUCUCAUGAUUGUGAUCUUCGACAUACUAGGUUGAAGUUGUUGAUCUUUUUUUGCUCAACGAAUAGUACUAGCGAUGACGUUAUGCUAAUACGAAGUUUUUUUACAACAGCAUCAGCAGCCGCAUACUUAUGAUAUAUUAAUGAUUUUUGAAUAUUGAUGUCUCUUUCUAUGUUCUUAAGCACCUGUCGCUAAUGCUAGAAGGAGCCGGUGAUGACCGGUCUUUGGAGUACCGCAGAGUGGAGAAGAAGCUGAUAUGGCAACUAUGCUCAUGGAGAUUUUUCCUCUCCUUUGUGUUUGUCGUAGAAGUUUUAGUUUAGAUCUUUUAGAAAGUUGAAUUUGAAAUUUAGAUUUUUUAGAUUUUUCGUUGUCUGUUUUUCUAGUACACAUUGAUUCAUUCAUUGUAGCGCUACAGCUGGAACUAGAGUCAAAAAUCUCUUUCUAACAACAGAGACGGAGGCUGCGCAAAAGGGAGAUGUUGUGCAUACACGAUUGCCAAGGCAUGCAGUUGCGCCUGGAUCAGUGAUACCCCUUAGUGGCGGUCUAGUCAAGGGUGAGCAAGUCAGUACCAACUGCUCGACUCCUGUUCUUCUUGGCAAUGGCGAAGACAGUAAGCCGAGUGCUGCCCUAGGCAAUGGCGAAGAUGGUAAGCCGAGUGCUGUGCUGGAAGACCGAUGGCAUCUCGUGAACGGUAUGGAAAUGGAUAGUGAAGAUCUUAGAUCAUUCAGGUGUUUUUAGAAAGAUUUAGAUUUUUUAGAAGUUGUCGUGACACUUCUGACAGGAAAGACGGCCUCUCGCUGUUUUGUUCCCUUCUUGUUUUUCAAAAUCGGAAGCGAAUAUGUGCAAAUUUAUUAGAAAAUUUAGAUUUUUGGUUCCUUGAAGAUACAUGUUGGUUGUAAAGAAAUCUAAAGAACCUUAGCAGAGGUCUUGCUUCCUUCCCGCCUCUUUCAUAAUUGCUGCAUUCGGGAGAUUUCGACGCAUGUUGAAAGCUGGGAAUGAACGAUUGGAGAAAUUGGUGGAGGAAGAUGCUUUGUUAAGACAAAUAGCCCAGUAGUAUAUUCCUUUUCCUAAGCAAAAGCAAUAAAUAGGAUGAGGAAAGGAGAACAAUUAUUUGUAGAUUUAGAGUUCUUUGAUAGAACUCUACCGCUUCUACAGGGAAAACUUGCUAAAGAGUUUCGUAAAGGAGGAAAGAAUGAUGGAGUUCUUUCCCAAACAGGCAAGAUGAUCUCGUUAAGGUCUAACUUACUUUGCAGUUAGCGGAGCGCGAGCACACUUCCCGCGUCACGCGACGGCGCAGACUAUUUUUGUAGACUUCUGUAGACCGUCUUCGAAUCUAAAAGGAAGCAUGGAUUAAGCCGCACAGAGCUUGCGGUCACUUGCAGCCAAGGUAAACACGGCUUCCGGUCACUUGCAUCAUUGAUUAUAACUUUCUACAUGAUCGUCCAACUUUCUACUCCGUCCUUCUCGUUUCCCCUCCCUUCGUGUUAUGGAUACGGUGCAUUGAUACCCCUCAUCGUCUACGAGCCGAAAUGGUUCAUGUCAUGAAAAGGAGAGUUGAAUCAAUCUUCUAAAGUUUCUAAAUCUAGGCGAAGUUGACUUCUUAAAAUCUAAAAAAUCCAAAUCUGAUUUCUGAGCAGGAGGGAAAGCUUGGAAUCGCGAAGACCUAAAGAAUCUGAAUUAUCUAAAUGAAC